UCCCGUCAUCAUCCGGGUUCUUCCGUGCGGUGCAGCAGGUCGGUAGGCGGGAAAUGGCGACUGGCCGCUGCCGGGGCUGCUGAGCGGCUACGGAGCCCCCGGCGGCGGCGGUGCUGCUUCGUGCGACCAAGGUGGCGGGGGGUCCGGCCCUGCCGCCGGGGUAGCCGGACACCUGACGGACAGCAGAGACGACGAAGGCGGCGGGAGAAGUGAGGGACGUCCCCCUUCGCCACAGCCGCCGCCUCCUCACCCCCUCAUCUCUCUCUCAGCGCUUCACAGUUUUACAUGUGAUACCAACAAAAUGAGGCUGAGAACGCGGAAAGCUUCUCAGCAGUCAAAUCAAAAUCACACGCAGCGUGCACUGAGGGUGAAGAGAAAGUACUCAGAUGUAGAAGAGAGCUUACCUGUUGGAGGAGGAAAACCUCAGAAAAAUGAAACAGGCUUAUUAUCUUCAAUCAAAAAGUUUAUUAAAGGAAGCACCCCAAAGGAUGAAAGAGAACAUCCUGCAAAGAGGAGUAGAACUGAACGUGAUAUAGAUGACAACUUGAUUACAUCCACUCCUCGAACAGGAGAAAAGCCUAACAAACAGAUUUCUCGAGUUAGGCGGAAAAGUCAAGUGAAUGGAGAAGCUGGAAAUUAUGAAAUGACAAACCAGCAUGUUAGGCAAAAUGGCAAAUUGGAAGAUAAUCCCACAGCCGGCAGCCCUCCACGGACUACUUUACUGGGGACCAUAUUUUCUCCCGUCUUCAAUUUUUUCUCACCAGCAAAUAAAAAUGGGACAGCCGGAUCAGACUCUCCGGGGCAAGCUGUUGAAGCUGAAGAAAUAGUGAAGCAGCUUGAUAUGGAGCAGGUGGAUGAGAUUAUCACUAGCACUGCAACUUCAGCCAAUGGAGCAUCCUAUACUAGCCAAGCAGUGCAAGUCAGAUCAACGAUCAACAAUGGCUUGGAGGAAGUAGAGGAUGUAACUGAUCGUGAUUUGCCUCCUCUCACUGCACCAGUAUCUCCGGACAGUGGUUACUCAUCAGCUCAUGCAGAAGGUGCCUAUGAGGAAGACUGGGAAGUUUUUGAUCCGUACUACUUCAUCAAACAUGUUCCACCACUAACAGAAGAACAACUUAAUCGGAAGCCUGCUCUUCCAUUGAAAACGAGAAGCACACCAGAAUUCUCUUUAGUUCUAGACUUGGAUGAAACACUAGUCCACUGUAGUCUAAAUGAACUGGAAGAUGCUGCACUCACAUUUCCAGUCCUUUUCCAAGAUGUCAUUUACCAGGUUUAUGUGAGAUUAAGACCAUUCUUCAGAGAAUUUUUGGAGCGUAUGUCCCAAAUCUAUGAGAUCAUUCUUUUUACUGCUUCAAAGAAGGUGUAUGCAGACAAAUUGCUGAACAUACUAGACCCCAAAAAGCAACUGGUCAGGCAUCGACUUUUCCGUGAGCAUUGUGUUUGUGUACAAGGAAACUACAUAAAGGAUUUAAAUAUCCUUGGUAGAGAUCUCUCAAAAACUAUUAUUAUUGACAAUUCACCACAAGCCUUUGCCUAUCAGCUUUCAAAUGGAAUUCCUAUAGAGAGCUGGUUCAUGGAUAAAAAUGACAAUGAACUCCUAAAAUUGAUUCCUUUUCUGGAGAAACUUGUAGAAAUGAAUGAAGAUGUUCGACCUCACAUCAGAGACAGAUUUCGCUUGCACGACUUACUACCCCCUGACUAAACACCAAUGCUUUGCCCAGGUAGCUGAAGGAGAAGAAAAUGCAGGACCUUUUUUUUCUUUUCUUUUUGGACUAAAACAAAAACAUUGCCAUUACUGUUGAAAUUUUUGCAUUUUUGUACCCUGUCUCGCUUUUCUUAUCUCUGGUGCCCAACAAUAAUCAAGGGUUACAGAAGAACUUUAUAUAAUAAUAUUCGCCAAAUGGAAUCCAUACAGUAGGUAGGCUAGAACAGAAGCGUCUUUAGAACUAGUGCAACUCCAAUAAUUUUUUUUAUGUACAGGACAUCUGCCGUUUUUAAAGAAUUCUGUUUCUGCCACCAGCAGUUUGACCUAUAAACACACACACAGGAUUUUAUGAAAUAACAGAGAUUGAAAAUGGACUCUUUUUCUUUUCUCUCUGUUUGGUGCUCUCUAAGUGGGUUUAUAGCCACUUUGUGUUACUUUUAAGAUUCUCAUUUCAACAGGAAUGGCCAGUAAAUGUUUUUUUUUUCCUGUUAAGGUUUAUAACCUUCUUACAUUUUUGACUUGUAUUAGAGUUUAGAAUUUCAUUAUGCAUUCCUUUUAGUUGAAGCGGCUUCAUAGUUUUUCUGGGAAUAGCCAAGUUUUAUUAGUUUUUUAUUAUACAAUUGAAUGGCCAUUUUCCUGCUUUGACUGCCUGCAUACUGUAUAUUUGUUUAAAAAUAUUAUCUAGUUUUAUUCCAUGUAAGUUUCAUUUAGAAAUCUGCGUUUAAAUAUAUAUUUUUUGUUUCUGUAAUAUUCUACUGUAGUGGAAAUCUUUUCAAAAAAAAUCAAGAGACUGGCUAGAUAAGAAAAAAUAUAAGAAUUACUAAUAUUCAGAAUAUUUAAACCAUUGUGAUGGCAUGUACUCUGGACAGAGAUGAUCUAUAGUGGUGGUGCACAUGGCUGAAGGACAAGGAUCAAUACCUCAGAGUCUACUGUGCAUAAUACAAGUCCUUGGGGAGAGCUUGCUUGGUCUAAUGCAAUUCAGUUACUUCUGCCUUCAGUGUCCUCCAAGAAUGAAGUAUUGUGGAGAGCAGUUCAGUAUUUGAAACUGUCUUGCGUGGGUUGGUCUCUCUGCUAUGCAGCUUGUUACAAUCAAUGCUAAACUUCUUGCCUAGCAGGGAUAGGGCCACCACAGUAACUGUGCAUAACCCUGUGGUUCAGUACACUCCUUUGCCACCAGUGCAGCUGAUAUGCUAUCAGAGUGGUUUUCUAUGCUAUAUGGAAAUGGUUUUCAAGCCUUGGUUCUCUAAUGCAGCUUGUACAAAGAGGCUGAUAUUUUUUUAAUGGAGUGUAAUCUCCUUUUUAGGAGGCUUUUUAUGGAAGGGAAAAAUUUGUAAAAGUUAGUAAGCUUUGCCUCUAAACUGCAUUGACAUGCCAUAGGCUCGGGCUGUUUUUGUGUAAAGGGUGUUGCAGAAUGGCACUUUUUCUAAAGAGAAGUUUGAUAUUUUGUAUGCUUGUUAAAGAAAGUACAGUAUUGGAAAUUAAAGGUGGACAAUUGAUAAUUGAGAAGUAUGUCAAUUAAUUUUUUAUGUAUAUUACCUGUUUACUUGUACAAUUUUAUUGUACAAAUUACACGCAGCUUCAUUUUCAAAUGAGUCCUUAAAAUAAGGAAAAUCUUUUUAGGAAAACAUUUAAUUUUUGUAUUUUUUGAUUUUAAAAGGCAUGAGUUAUGUCAACUUUUUCCAAUGUAUUAAUGAAGAUUUUAACUUUUCAUCAGGUUGAGUGUUUUCUUACUAUAUUAUCUGUUGUAUAUGUAGCUAGCACAUUGUGUCACUGAACUGUUAAAAAAGUAAGCAUGUAGAGCAAGCCUGCUUUGUGGAAAAUCAUUAUUCAUUUGAAUCAAAAUUUUGGUGGAUUUUCUGCAGAAAGAAAGAAAGAAAAAGAAAG